GUUUUCUACAAUUUUCUACGUCUAUUACGUCGCUUAUGUAUUAUACGUAGAAAACCUCGAGUCACAUGUCACAACCCAUCUCUGGUGGUAGUGAACUGAAAAAUAAACACUUUCGAUCGUUAUCGCAUUUCGUUAAACGUGUUGAGACUUGAAUACUUAUUAUCUCCGAUGAAUUCUUACACAUAACGACAAAACUUUGAAGCAACCUUCAAAUGCAAAAUGCAUUUCACAUUACUUUUCGUGAUAUUAAUCGCGCUUGUGAAAUGUCAAGUGGAAGCUGCAACAAUCUUAGGUUGGAUUUGGGACAAGCCAUCAACAAAAGAAUCAACUGUUUUAGUUGCUGAUGGUGUACCCUUAAUUUCAAUUCCCUACGAGUCUAUGACAGAUGAUGAAAAAUUUCUUCAGGAAGCAGCUAAGUUCACAGAGUUGAAAGUCUCCUCACCUUUAGAAACUUGUCAGCACAAAGUUGUGAUGACAAUUAGGACAUCUUGCGGCGACAUUUCAGAAGAAGAUCUUGCUAAGUUGAGCGUAAAUUUACUUAAUUGUCAGUCAUCGGUUGAAGGCAGGAAAAUAUAUCCAUGUACUGAGGAAAUGUCUUUGAAGCAAUGUACCACCGAGAUGGACGCUGAUAUGUGGAACGCUUACCAUCUUAUUAGCAAUAGAGCGCGAUCAGUUUGCUACGCAGCCCGAAACGUCCAGUUUCGUGCUCUUACCGAAAUUACUGUCAAUAAACUCGUCCAGACUGCUCAUUCCCAGAUCAAAGCAUUGGACUCUUUAAAGCAAAGUCAAGAAAGUUUAGAGGAACAGACACUCGAAGCAUUGUCCUUACUCGCAACUGGAAACAAAAAACUUUUGGACCAACAGAAUCAUUUAAAAGACGCCCAAGCUACUGCUUACAACCUGGUGGCUACGAAUUUACGAGAUUUGACCACGGAAAAGGCUUUGAUUCGUGCAGGACAUGCACAACUUGCUUCCAUGACGGAGGACAUUAGAAUCAAAUUAGAAAGAGCGAGUGAAAAUAUAAUGAGGCAAGAAUCAGAGCGCAAGCUAAAUCACCAAGAAGUCAUGGAGGAUUUACUGGUUAUUCAGGAACGUGCACAACUCCUCUGGGAAAAGCUUGAAAGUAGCACUCAUCAUAUUCUAGAAAAAAACCAAGAAGCUGUUAAUCAGUAUACUAGAACGUUAGAGCAGCUUGCCCAUAUUAACCAAACGGUUUACUACGUUUGGAAUUUGACUAAUAUGAUGCAUGCCGAAAUGGACGAAAAGUUAGGUUGGAUUACUGACUACAUCGCCAGUACUGGGUUACAAAUGCAAAAAGUGUAUCGAACUAUUCUGCACGUAUUUUACUUAAUGGCUGCUAUGAUUUUUGCCGGAUUUUUGGAAGCUCCUUUCCUAACGAGAGCUAUGAUACUGGGUAUCAUUCCUUUGAAUUUGGCUGCGUUUUUAAAACAUGGAAUAGACGCUUCUUUAGAUUUUUUUUCGAUUACAGCGCUCAUCAUCCUGAUCACUUUAAUGCAUUACGUGAUGUCAGGAAUUCAAUAUUUUCUUGGACGAAAGAAGACUUCAUUAAAAGAAUCUGUAGGUUCUUCGAAUCAGUUGAAUGGAAAAAUGCCGUCCAAUUACGUUGAUGGAAGCACGAAAAAUGUUCCUGCCCACAAUUACUCGACAAUUAGUUCCAGUUCUAUCCAGGAGCCAUUUUACAGUCGAAUGUUUGAUAAAAUGCAUGCAGCCAGGGAUACAAUACUUGAUCGCGUGUACCACGUUACAGGAAUGGUUAUGAACUUUUUCCAUUCCUUAACAUCAUGGACAACAAGACAUGCACAGGAAGAGCUUUCUUGCUCCUACACCGCUAGAAGAGCUCACGAAAAAGUAUUUUCUUACAACACUCCUAACAUUUCGGAAGAUUCAAUAGAACCUGAUUUAUUAGACGAUAUUCCCAGGGAUUCGUCGCCACAUGGUUAUUUGUCGAGAGGUGAUAUUGGUUGGAAUAUUCGAAAUCGGCAGAAUUCCCGAAGUACCACACCUUCAGACUCCGGUUUAGGUAACAGAUGCUGUGAAAUCACUCGAAGUGGGAAACUUUGUCGAGGAAAAACAAUGAGAAAUCAAAAUUACUGCUACAGCCAUGCUCGAGGUUUUUCGCCAAACGAAUCUUAAUUCAUUUUUAAGUGGUAUAUUUUUUAAUUUUACUUGAAAAUUAGGUGAUUCUCUUGGAGGGGUUUUAUUUUUUAGAAUUAUUUAUAACGAAGUGGUUAAAAUGCGACUAUUUCAACAAGUUGGAAAAAUUGGAAAAAUGUAAAGUGGUUUCAUUAAAUAAUCGUCAUGUACCUUUUAGGAAAAAAUUACUCAAUUUAAUACCAUCCAAAAUAAUUAUAGUGGCCAUUGAAUGCUAAUCCUGAAAGGAUCGGUGACUCAUAAUUGUGAAUAUGUAUCAUAAGUUAUUUUCCGAGGUACUUAAUUUAUCACUUUAGAUUUUAAACUAGCUGUUUUGAAUCAAAUUUUAUUAUUAAUUUAAGUUAAUGAAUGAUUUUAAAAUGUGGGUCACGAAUCCCGGUUAUUUAAAAUCACAACAAAUAUUUAUUUUUAAAUGUUAGUUAUUACAAAAUUUGCAUAAUAGUUAAGAAUUUUUGCUCCUAUUCCACUUUUAUUAUUGUUAGACUAUUGUCUUUUUUGUGAAGCUUCAUUUUCGAAGUGAAAAAACGUGACAUUCUGUAUUUGAGAAUAGAGCAUAAUCUUAUUUUUAUUUAUGAUAUAAUAAAGCUUUGCAAAUUA